AUGUCCCCCGGGGGCAAGUUCGACUUUGACGACGGGGGCUGCUACGUGGGGGGCUGGGAGGCGGGGCGGGCACAUGGCUACGGCGUGUGCACGGGGCCCGGCGCCCAGGGCGAGUACAGCGGCUGCUGGGCGCAGGGCUUCGAGUCACUGGGCGUCUUCACGGGGCCCGGCGGACACAGCUACCAGGGCCACUGGCAGCAGGGCAAGCGCGAAGGGCUGGGCGUGGAGCGCAAGAGCCGCUGGACGUACCGCGGCGAGUGGCUGGGCGGGCUGAAGGGGCGCAGCGGUGUGUGGGAGAGCGUGUCCGGCCUGCGCUACGCCGGGCUCUGGAAGGACGGCUUCCAGGACGGCUACGGCACCGAGACCUACUCCGACGGAGGCACCUACCAGGGCCAGUGGCAGGCUGGGAAGCGCCACGGCUACGGGGUGCGCCAGAGUGUGCCCUACCAUCAGGCGGCGCUGCUGCGCUCGCCCCGCCGCACCUCCCUGGACUCGGGCCACAGCGACCCCCCGACGCCGCCCCCGCCCCUGCCCCUGCCCGGGGACGAAGGAGGCAGCCCGGCCUCCGGCUCCCGGGGAGGCUUCGUGCUGGCCGGGCCUGGGGAUGCUGACGGCGCGGCCUGCCGAAAGCGCACCCCCGCGGCGGGCGGGUUCUUCCGCCGCUCGCUGCUGCUCAGCGGGCUCCGGGCGGGCGGGCGCCGAAGCUCCUUGGGCAGCAAGAGGGGCUCGCUGCGCAGCGAGGUGAGCAGCGAGGUGGGCAGCACGGGACCCCCGGGCUCCGAGGCCAGCGGGCCCCCGGCCCCGGCGCCGCCCGCCCUCAUCGAGGGCUCGGCCACUGAGGUGUAUGCGGGCGAAUGGCGCGCCGACCGGCGCAGCGGCUAUGGCGUGAGCCAGCGUUCCAACGGGCUGCGCUACGAGGGCGAGUGGCUGGGCAACCGGCGGCACGGCUACGGGCGCACCACCCGCCCCGACGGCUCCCGCGAGGAGGGCAAGUACAAGCGCAACCGGCUGGUGCACGGGGGGCGCGUGCGCAGCCUUCUUCCUCUGGCCCUUCGGCGGGGCAAAGUCAAGGAGAAGGUGGACAGGGCCGUCGAGGGCGCCCGUCGAGCCGUGAGCGCUGCCCGCCAGCGCCAGGAGAUCGCCGCUGCCAGGGCAGCAGACGCCCUUCUAAAGGCAGUGGCAGCCAGCAGUGUCGCCGAGAAGGCUGUGGAGGCAGCUCGAAUGGCCAAACUGAUAGCCCAGGACCUGCAGCCCAUGUUGGAGGCCCCAGGCCGCAGACCCAGGCAGGACUCAGAAGGUUCUGACACAGAGCCCUUGGAUGAGGACAGCCCUGGGGUAUACGAGAAUGGACUGACCCCCUCAGAGGGCUCCCCUGAACUGCCCAGCAGCCCUGCCUCCUCCCGCCAACCCUGGCGACCCACUGCCUGCCGGAGCCCACUGCCUUCUGGAGGGGACCGAGGUCCCUUCUCCAGCCCCAAAGCUUGGCCUGAGGAGUGGGGGGGCCCGGGUGAGCAGGCAGAAGAACUAGCUGGCUAUGAGGCAGAGGAUGAGGCUGGGCUGCAGGGGCCAGAGCCCAGAGAUGGCUCCCCACUCCUCGGAGGCUGCAGCGACAGUUCCGGAAGUCUUCGAGAGGAGGAAGGGGAGGAUGAAGAGCCCUUGCUCCAGAUGAGGACCCCAGGGCGCUCGGAGCCGGAGCCCACAGCCUUGCCAGUCCUGAGGGGCCUGUCCUCAAGGGGUCCUGAAGCCGGGUGCCUGAUGGAAGAGGCUGAGGAGGCUGCUGCGUCCGAGAGGCCCGCCCAGCCGGGAGCUGCCAACCCAUUGGUGGUGGGAGCCGUGGCCCUUCUGGACCUCAGCCUGGCAUUCCUGUUCUCCCAGCUCCUCACCUGA